GAAAUCCGCCCAACUUCUGCAGUGUGAUUCGCCCCAGGCUCAGGAGCCCUUUUUAGAUUGGAGUACCAGCAGAAUGAGCCGGUGCUGGCCCCAAAAUGGGGGACACGCUGGAGAAGAGCUCUGAGGAGCCCGAGCCCUCUCCGGACAAUGCGCGGUCGAGGAGGAUGGAGGAGCUGGUGGAAGUCUCGAGCGGUGAGAAGGUCAAGUUUGACGACACGGGUCUGUCUCUGGUGCUCCAGAACGGCCUGGAGAACCUCCGGCUGGAAAAUUCCCUUACAGAUGUCAUCCUCUGCGUGGGCAGCAGGGAAUUCUCCUGUCACCGAGUGGUCCUGGCUGCAGCAAGCAAUUAUUUCAGGGCCAUGUUCUGCAAUGAUUUAAGAGAGAAAUACGAAGAGAAGAUCAUACUUAAAGGAGUUGAUGCAGAAACCAUGAAUAUACUCCUGGACUACACCUACACCAGCAAGAUGCUCAUCACAAAGGAAAACGUACAGAAAGUCUUGGAAGCUGCCAGCCUCUUUCAGUUCCUUCGCAUGGUGGACGCCUGUGCCAGCUUCCUCACCGAGGCCCUGCAGCCGGAGAACUGCGUCGGCAUCCUGAGGCUGGCCGACGCCCACUCCCUGCACAGCCUGAAACAGCAAGUGCAGAACUACAUCAUCCAGAACUUCACGCAGGUGCUGAACCACGAGGAGUUCCUGGAGCUGCCGGCCGAGGUGCUGUGCAGCACGCUGCGGAGCGACGAGCUGCAGGUGACGGAGGAGGCGCAGGUCUUCGAGACGGUGAUGGGCUGGGUGCGGCACCGGCAGCCCGAGCCUCCCCCUAUGCUGCAGCACGUCCGCCUGCCCCUCCUCGACCCCUGGUACUUCGUAGAGACUGUCGAAGCCGACCAACUCAUCAGGCAGUGCCCAGAUGUUUUUCCUUUGCUCCAGGAAGCAAGAAUGUACCACCUGUCAGGCAACGAGAUUAUUACAGAAAGAACCAAGCCCAGGAUGCACGAGUUCCAGUCUGAGGUGUUUAUGAUCAUAGGGGGCUGUACAAAAGAUGAGAAGUUUGUAGCAGAAGUGACUUGCCUGGAUCCUUUGAGGCGAAGCCGCCUGGAAGUAGCAAAAUUACCAAUCACAGAGCAGGAGACGGAGAAUGAGACUAAGAAGUGGGUGGAGUUUGCAUGCAUUACCCUAAAAAAUGAAGUCUACAUAUCGGGUGGCAAAGAAACAAAGCAUGAUGUCUGGAAGUACAACGCCUCCAUCAACAAGUGGAUACAGAUCGAGUACCUGAACGUGGGGCGCUGGAGGCACAAAAUGGCCGUGCUGGGGGGCAAGGUCUACGCCAUCGGGGGCUUCGAUGGCAUGCAGAGGAUCAACAGCAUGGAGGCCUACGACCCCUUCCAUAACUGCUGGUCAGAGGCUGCUCCCCUCCUGGUCAAUGUCAGCUCCUUUGCAGCAGCCAGCUACAAGAAGAAACUCUACGUCAUUGGGGGAGGGCCCAACGGGAAGCUGGCAACAGACAAGACUCAGUGCUACGACCCUGCGACCAACACGUGGAGCCUGAGGGCUGCCAUGCCAGUAGAAGCCAAGUGCAUCAACGCCGCAAGCUUCCGUGACCACAUCUAUGUUGUGGGUGGGGCGAUGAAGGCGCUCUACUCCUACAGCCCCCAGGCAGACACGUGGUGCCUGGUGACCCAGUUCACCCACGAGCGAGCCAGCUGUGGGAUUUCUCCCUGCAACAACAAGCUGUUCAUCACCGGGGGCCGGGACGAGAAGAACGAAGUCAUUGCGACAGUGCUGUGCUGGGACCCCGAAACUCAGAAGCUGACAGAAGAGUGUGUCCUGCCCCGGGGGGUGUCUCACCACGGCAGCGUGACCCUCAGGAAGUCCUACACGCACAUCCGCAGGAUUGUGCCCGGGGCGGUUUCCGUCUGACCCCGGGAGACCUGCAGGGGAGCCCAGCACCUCCGUGCCCCUGGGGCACAGGCUGCAGGAUGGAAACGCCACCCCUGGGGUCCUCUGGGGAGUGUCUGUAUAUACGCUCAGUCCUCUCCUUUCCUCUGUACAGUAUAUCCUUAAGUUAUCUCAAUUCCUUCCCCCCACAGAAAAACAAAGGGACCAGCUGUAGCUUACUCUUGCCAGCACAAUACCUCCAGCCAGGCAAAGAGAUGUGCUGUGUAGGUGGGAAAUUCACCUCCCUGCUCUAUCUGCCCUGAAACGU